AUGGAUCGAACAGAGGCUCUGCCCACCGAUCUAUUCUAUCGUAUAUUUCUGCUCGUUCAGAGUCUUGAGCCUAUCCCUUACCCUGGCCCUCGUUGGAUCCCCAAUUUGCCGAUCGAUGUCUGCGAACACGAGAAAGAGAGUAUACGUCGGUACUCCAUAUUGGAAACUCCCGAGAUCAGUGCCGAUCGUAGGCUUGCCUGGAUCAGAUUGACGCACGUCUCUCGACGAUGGCGUGCCGUCGCGCUCGAACACCGCGGUCUCUGGGCAUCUCCUACGCUCUACCUCGGGUUGAAGUGGUAUCAGUGCUUCCUCGAUCGCAGCGACGGCGCUGCCUUGUCACUCUCUGGACGUGAAUAUGGACUCGAAGCCCCGCACGAAUACACGCGUUCUUAUGCGGUGCAGAUGAUCUCGCGCCUCGUCAAAGCACAUCCCGAGCGCAUCCGAAGCCUCCGCUUCACAACUACCAGCGGAGUGCAGUUCUUUCAGAUGCCACUCGAUGAACUCAGAUCCUUUGAGAUACGGGUACGCUCCGCAGGCGAUCCGACGGGCAUCGAGACCCCUGUACCCCUUGGAACUCUCAGCCCCUUCAAUGGUCAAGCACCCGGCUUGCGCUCAUUGCAUCUGACGAUGAAAGGGAUGAGAUACGAGCAGCUGCCAAAGAACUCUCCGAUAUGGACUCGACUGGAGCAUCUACAUCUGGCAUUAUCGGGCUCUCUACCCUCAAUUCUACCCAUCAUCCGGCGAUCAAAUUCCUUGCGCUCGUUAUACCUGCAUGCCCAGUGCGGAAUGCCGCAUUACUACACGGAACCAUCAGCGACUUGCGGAGCUUGCCUCAAACCGGGCUUUAACCCGAUCUCGAUAGCGACCCUUGGACGCAUGGUGCUUCACGGGUGUAUACGAGACCUCGCCCACGUUCUCAACCACUUCCGCUGCCAUCCCAGCAUGAACAUACAGAUCCACUCCGAGAGCUCUGAAUCUUCGGAAGCGACUGUUUUGUCUGAGAUCCUCCAAGCGGUGAACUUUGCCGACAUACGAGCUCCGUCAGCGCGCGCCGUGGCUCUUAUCGGGGAGGGACGUCUCCAGUUGUGCACGGCUUCGGACGAGACGGCGCUUCUGGCAUACCAUCCGAAAAGCACCACAGACGUGAUCCGCAACGACUCUGCCGUCGAGCUAAGUCUGGAGCUCCAUUAUAAGCACAUCCGCUCCCUGGUCUCGCGCCUCUCCGGCGCAAGGAUCUUGACAAUCGCUCGACCGAUGAACUCUUCAUGCGCGAAUGGGACCCCGAACUGGGGCUUCUCGCGCGAGGACUUUGCCUCGUUCACCUCGCUACGGCAUCUUACCAUCGCUGGUGGGGACAUCAAUGCAAACCUCCCCUUGCUCGGUAUGGACCAAGACAGCGACCCCUCGACGAUUCUCUUCCCAUCCCUCGAAACUCUAAGCAUCGGCGGAUGCACCGUGUGGAGCCUCAUAUCUGCAUUGCCCAAUCACCAACCGAUGCAAACGAUUGCGAUUUGGCUCCACCAGAUCCUGAGAUCGCGCAACGACAUUGGGAAACGGCCCGUAUCGAAAUUGUACCUUCAUAUCUCCGAGGAGCUGGUGUACAUAAACGCUGAGAGAUGGGAGCUUACGAGCUGUAGUAAGUAUUUGCAGGACGUGAAGAAGGUUGUGAACGAGAGGCUGAAGGCGAUGCAAACAAUCCCGGGGCGCAGGUUGUUAGCUUAUGAUACGGUGGUCUUGCUGAAGGGUAACCAGUCACAGAGAAUGUUCGUACGAAGGGGUGAGUGA